CUCCGAAAUUAAGGUGCUGGAGGGUCAGAGGUUGCAGGACCAGCGAUUGAUUGACAACCAAACCCGCCAGUAAGGACGAGCCGUGGGGGGUGGUGCCGGAAUUGAGGAACGCUGCUAGAGGGGCGGGCCAUCCGGCGGAUCGGGGCAGGGGAGGGAGCUAGAGCUCGGUACGCGCAGGGCGGCCGGAGCAGCAUGGCGGAAGACGAGAGCGAUCAGGAGUCAGAGAGACUCGGCGAGGAACUCGAGGCCAUCGCUGGGCCGCAACUCCCCCCCGGCUUGUCCCCUGUCUUGAGCAGCCAGUAUUAUUGCUACCGCUUCUGUCAGGUUGUGGAAGACUAUGCUGGAAGAUGGCAGGUUCCUCUGCCACAGCUUCAAGUGCUUCAGACAGCACUCUGUUGUUUCACAUCUGCAUGUGUAUCUUUCCCAGAUGAAUGUGAGCAUGUACAGUAUGUGCUGAGUAGCCUAGCCUUGAGUUUUUUUGAAUUGCUGCUGUUCUUUGGAAAGGAUGAAUUCUAUGAAGAUCCUUUAAAAGACAUUCUGGGUUCAAUCCAGGAAUGUCAGAACCUCUUGAGCAGAUAUGGAAACAUUAACUUGGAGUUGGUGACUCGAAUUAUCAGAGAUGGAGGACCUUGGGAAGAUCCUGUAUUACAAGCUGUUCUUAAAGCAAAGCCAGUUUCUCAGGAGUUAGUUAACAAAUAUUUAAGCUCUGAAAAUCCACUGUUCUUUGAAUUACGUGCCAGAUACCUUAUUGCCUGUGAACGCAUCCCAGAGGCAAUGGCUCUUAUCAAGUCUUGCAUGAAUCAUCCUGAUAUUAGUAAAGACCUUUACUUCCAUCAAGCAUUUUUUAUGUGUCUUUAUAUGUCACCACUGGAAGACCAACUGUUUCAGGAGCACUUGAGGAGGACUGAUUGCAAGAAUGGCGUUGAAAUCAUCUGCAGCAUUGCAAAAGAAGGGAAGACUGCCUUAGCCUUGUACCUUUGUGAAUCAUUCCUUAUUCCACAGCUCAAAAAAGGAGAGAUGUAUUGCAUAUGGAAGCUAAUCUUUCUUUGGAGUAAACUGCAGCUUAAAUCUAAUCCAUCAAAACAAGUCUUUGUAGAUCAAUGCUACCAUCUUCUAAGAAUAGCUACAAACAUAAGAGUUAUUUUCCCUUUCAUGAAAGUUAUUAGGGAUGAAGUUGGCAAGGAAGGCCUGCAGAUUUGUGUUGAAAUAUGUGGAAGUGCUCUCCAGUUGGAUCUCCGUGAUGAUCCAAAAAUGAAGUGUCUCAUAUACAAAACCAUUGCUCACUUUUUGCCAAAUGAUUUGGAGAUUGUCAGAAUAUGUGCUCUUUCUAUCUUUUUUCUUGAGCGCACCUUGGAAUCGUAUUACACUGUUGAACAUCUGUAUAAAUGUGCAGAUGAAGAAUAUAAUGAACAAACCAGUUCUGUUCAGAAUCGUGUGCGUUUUGAGUUGCUUCCAAUUUUGAAAAAGGGAUUGUUUUUUGAUCCUGAGUUCUGGAAUUUUUUGAUGAUCAAGCAAAACUGUUUAGCAUUGCUAAGGGAUAAACCAUCAGUUCAUUUGAGUAAACGUACCCCCGACCAUUCUUCUGCAAAUGUACCGAAGACCCGUCGAGCAUUGCGUGGUGAUCAAGUCUGUAUAGCUGAUUUAAACAAUGGAGAACUAGACCAUGUGAAACCUUCUGGAGCACAAUUAACAUGUCAUAAUUCCAAAAAGAACUAUGUACCUCCUGGUUCAUCGAAGGUUGAUCACAAUGUACCAAGGCACCGUUGUGUGUUAUGUAACAGGGAAUUUCUUGGUGGUCAUAUUGUGAGGCACGCACAAGCUCAUCAGAAAAAAGGCAGUUUUUCAUGUGUAAUGUGUCGCAGAAAAUUCAGGCAAAAAGGAGUAAUGCUUAAGCACUUAAAGAAUCACAUCAAGAAAAUGACAAGACGUCACCUUGCUAUUAUUUGUCAUAAAAAGGAAACCCCUGAUGUGAAUGAAACAAACAGUUCCAAUACAGGUGGCGCAAUCGAAAAUGGGAAGUUGGAAAGCUGCAAAAAUAACAAAGUAGAGGUUGUCAUACCGAAUAUAGAUCAGGAGAUGCAAAAUUCUGAACUUGCAUUGGAUAUGACUGAAAAUCAUGUUAGCUGUCAGGAUAACAUCAUUGAAAAUAGUGACAUCUGUUCAAAUAACACUCCUGAAAUAGCCACUACAGAAGGAUCACCAGAAAGUGAUAGCAGUCUGAAUAAAGAGCUGCCUGUACUUCAUAAAGUAAAUGGUGUGUUAUGCCCUCAAAAUGACUUGGACGUUAAAGACCAAGCAGGUAACUUCAAGUGUCCUGCUAAUGGGUGUAUUAGAGUCUUUAAAAAGAUACGGUUUAUGAAUAAACAUGCACGGAAAGCUCAUCCCUCUGAUCUGAAGGUGCAAGAACAUAUAAUGAAGUCUAAUAAAGGAAAAUGUCGCUUUUGUCAGAGAAAAUUUUUAGAUUCUCAACAUUUUAUUGAUCAUUUAAAGCAACAUGUUUAUCCAAAUGCUUAUUUUUGUUUACAUUUUAACUGUAAUCAGAGAUUUAAGCUAUCCACUGAACUUACAGAGCACAUAAAAAGCCACAGUGACUUCAAAGCUCAGUGUAACUUUGCACAGUGCUGUAAGCUUUUUGACGAUCUUUCAUUGCUGUAUGAGCAUGAAGCUCAGCAUUAUUCAAACAAAACUGAUCCUCCUGAAGAAGUCAGUGAAAAUAAUUCUUCAGAUAUUACUUUGGAAUCCCAGUGUACCAUCCCAGAAAAAGCAAGUAGUAAUAAUGAAAAGGAAGCUGUAAUAGACCUGCCAAUUCCAACAUGGAAAGCAAGGAAAGAUUCUACAGAACCAAAGACUUACGUCCAGAGUGAGAAAAAUAAUAAUAGUGUAAUUCAGAAUGGUAGUGAAAAUGCAUGCGGUGGUACUGCUACAGUUGUGAACUUGAUAGACCAAAAGAUACAUGCAGUAGAGCCAAAUUCAGAGAACUGUAAAGUUAGUGACCAACUAGUUAAUGGGUAUGGUGAACUGGAACAGACUUCUUCAACAUCAGUGGACACUGAUUCAGAAAGUGUGACUGACAAAACAAGAACAGAAAAUGGAUCUAUUCUACCUGUUCUACAGAACUGUUGUGAUAUCCCAUCAAACAGUGUUGCUACAGUCUCUCAGUCGCCUUCCAAACCAAAUCAGAUAACAGAAAAUACUUCAUACGGCUUAAUUUUAAUGAAGCCUUAUGUUAGACCAUUGCCUCCAAGUUACCUUGAUGAACGAUACAUUAGCAUGCCAAAACGUAGAAAAACUUUGACUGAUAAAGUAGAUGCCCAUUCAGAGCAAGAUAAAACCUGUAGCAAAUCAGAAAGGUUAAGAUGCAGCAAAUGCCUGACCACCUACUGUAACUCAGAAGCACUUCAGCUUCACCUUGCACAAAAGAAAUGUCGGACACUCUUUGGAUUUGAUUCAGAUGAUGAAAGUGCCUGAUCAAAUGUGGGAAGACUUCUCAGUGAAGAAUAGUGUGGUGGAACACUACAGUAUUCUGCAUCAGUUGCUUUUCCUUGUUGGCCUUAAUUAUAAAGAAGUCUGAAGUUAUUAAAGAAAAUCAUGACAUUGCUCACAGUACAGUUGGGUCAGAUCUAAAUGAUAGUAGGAGCUGUGCAGAAUUUGAGUCCAGAAAAACUAUGUUAAAGCCCCCAAAGUACCAGUAAUCUAGAAGCCACAAGGUCCCACGUGAAGUUCCAGUGUGAGCUUGAAGUGCAGUUAAUUACUAAGUGGUAACUUGCCCUAGAGAGAAAUGCAGGUGGUACAUGUCUCUUUCUAGCUGUGCAUUGUCAAAGGAAGCCUGUCUACAUGAUAAAAACUCAAUUAAGUAAACGUUGAUCUGUUUGUAGAGGUUGUUUAUUCUUAGCAUUGGCAUUUGGGUUAUCUUGUACCUUGGAAACUGAAUGAAUGUAACAAAAGAUCAGAACUUGGCAGUAUCCUGGUAAAAACAUAUUAAGGCAUACAAAAAGAUUCUAAAAACAAGUAAACUUUUAAAAAAUCCACCAACAUUCUUCUUUUCAAUAUCUGACUCAUAGAGGACAUCUACAAAGAAUGCAGGCAUAAUGAAAAUCCAUAUAAGUACAGGGGUGGAUAUUAAACAGGCCAUUUAAAACUCAACAGUAAAUGCAUAUAAUGUGAAGGCAGCUGAACUUGAAUUGGAAUAUAAAACUAAUUUUUGUUUUAGAUAUAGUUAUUCUCUUUCAGUUGGUAUGACUGAUACCUUUAAAGGCGUUUCUUCUAUAAAGUGUGUUACUAUAAACAAAAAUAUAGUAAUACCUUUUGUAGAGAUCCAAAAGAUGCAAAGUAGACAGUCAAUCCUAGGAAUAAAAGCACUUGGCAAAGGAACUUUAUACUUGGAUAAAGAGCACGAUAUAAAUGUUUUUUUAAAAUAAGUAUAUUCAAAUUGUAUCACUAUAGGAAGAUAGCACUGAAUUUUCACUAUGAAACAGUUGCUUUUUGUCAUUUAAGAUUAUUAAAAUGUAUUUCUUCACAAAAUCUGUGGUAAAAUAUUUAGGACACACAGUUCCUUUAGCCAACUGAAUACCUGUAAGGACAACUCGCAUUUUGCCUUGAGACAUGAAGCUUUAACACUCCCCUUACUUUUAACAUGGUAUAUGUAAAGACAGCAUUCAAAUACAAAAAGUACCCAAAUGAAUAUUUUCUGGGAGAAGAAACCAAUGUGCAAAUGUUAAGAUGUAUUUUGCUAACCCCUGAUGUUUUGGAUACAUUUAUUAGGGAGGAGUUGUGUUUUUUUAAAAAAAAAUAAAAUAAAAUGUAUGGUGGGUAUAUGAAUUAUCAAUUUCAAUUUGUUGAUCAGUCCUAAUUUGAAAUCAGGUAGUUAUUUCACCUCAUUCAUAUAUAUAGAGCAAGGAUAUUUCAGUGUUCUGUUAAACACAAAACAUCCAUCACCAACUCCAUCUAAAGAGCAAGGUAUGAAACUAUGAUCUCUCUCUCACACACUCACAUACUCUGGGAUGAAGGAUGGGAUAUAAAUUCAAUAAAUAAUAAAAAUAAAUAAAUAUACACACACUUGCAGUACCUUAAAGCUAUCCUUUAACUAUGUGUAUAAGUGGUUUGAUGUGGUGGACGCCAAAGUAUGUGUUUAACCUUCCUGUGCGUUUGAGGUUAUUGGCUUCGAUCCAGAUUCUUGGGGAGCGUAGGUGGCUGCAGGAGAUUGGUGAAAAUUUACUCCUUGCCCUUUGCCCUUCUGUCAGUGGGAAUGGAAGGAGUCUGUUUGUAGAACACUUAGUUUGUAUCCUGCCCAUUGUUAAGGCUGUGCUUGACUGCUAAAAUACAAAAAUUCAGUCCAAAUUACAACAGCAGAUUUCUGUGACUUGUAUAAAUCAUGAAAAUCGAGUAUUUCUUUGCAUGGAGGUAACACAAUAUUGCACAAGCCUAGUACCUGGCUCUCUGCAUUUUAACCAUUUGAGACAUUAAAGAUCCAAGAUAACCUUUUCCUGUUUGUACUCCUGUACCCAUAAUCAUUUAAUAGUUUACAUUAAAUGGGAGUCAUUGACAAAUACUGGUCUUUAACUGUGAUUUAAUUGGAAUCUGCUUGAUAACAUUGCCAGAUUAAUAUUUCCUAUAAUUAGUGUCUUAAAAGUGAAAGUUCUAAUAAAUGGCAUAAAUUAAUAUUAAUUGUUGUAAAAUAGUUCUGUUAAGUUCAGUUGGAUUUCUGUCAAAAUACAGAUAAUAACUGAUGAACAUAACAAGAGCCUACGAGAAGUUUUCCCCCAGCAGCUGAUAAUUCAGAAGCAUACUGCCUCUGAUCCUGGAGGGUAAUUUAUAGCCAUCAUGACUGGUAGCUAUUGCACUGUUUCAGUUUUCAAGAGUAUUCAUAUUCAGGUACUCAUGGACUCUUGUGUGUUGGCCACGUUUUAGUUUCAUUGCUCGAACUACAUUUAAAUGAAAGAAAUGAGCAUUGUGUUUGAAAACCUAGAAAUUUGCUUCAGGAGAUUCACACUUGCAUAUGAGUAUUGUAAAAAAAACCCACUUUUUUCCCUAAAUGGUGUGCUUUUUCUUAUGCACUAUAUGAUCAAGUUGCUUUAAAAGACAACUGGGUUUUGCAGUGCAAUUUUUCAGUUUGUGUGGAUAUUGUAGCUGUGAUACUUUCUUAUCAGUUCUGCUCUGGGGUUUUUUUGGAAAUGGACAGCAACUGUCUGUCAGCUUGAAAUUGUCUAUAAUGCACUUCUGCUGCUGUGCAUUGCCAUCUGUUGGGCCUCCAAGCAGAGCUUGGAAAAGUUACUUUUUUGAACUACAACUCCCAUCAGCCCAAUCCAGUGGCCAUGCUGGCUGGGGCUGAUGGGAGUUGUAGUUCAAAAAAAGUAACUUUUCCAAGCUCUGCUUCAAAGUUUGACUCCCUCAGGAAUAACUUGUUUUUGAAGUUGAUGAUGAAUUUUCUAAAGUGUAAGAUCAGUCAAAACAGCAGUAGGUAACAUUUUGUAAAAAGGAAAAGUUAACCCUUCUAUUAAAUGUUUACUAUUUCCAGUUUGCUUUGCCUGUUCUAUCAAACAAUUUUAAGAGAAACCUUUAAAAUUAAUAUGAUUUUAAGUUUUUAUCUGAUCUCUGCUAUGCCACCACACAAGGGCUUUGGAUAAGUUGAAGUACUAAGAAAACAUGAUAGUUUGUAUUGAAAAAGGGAUGGGACUGCUGGCACACAGGUAUGAAUGUUUGGAGUUUCAAGCACCCUAAAAUGGGAAUGUUUUGAAAUCGAGAAUUGCAUCCCCAAUCUGUUUUUAAAAAUUAAGCUUAUGUUACAGUGGUUAGAUUUCUCUGCCCCCUUUCUUCUCCUUAUGCCUCAUUGUCCAGUUCAGACUUGGGUCAGAUUUUGGCCCCAAGGAUUGUCAGAUAGUGGCUAUUUGCUCAUGAGAAUACUACAAUGACACAGUUGUUGAGAUGUGAACCUUAUCUUAACCAAGCAUUUGUGUGUACAUUUUUGAAGUUUUUGUGCUUAAAGCUAUCAUACAUGGAUUUAGUCUAAAUGUAAAGAGUCUGGAUUUUAAGAGUGUCUGGAUUAGGGUAAUUGAAAGAAAAACAAAUCCUAGAAUAGCUCUGAAGGGAUGGUAUCCCACCUGUCCUUCCCUCUGCUGUAUUUCUCCAGCGGGUCAUACCACCUCCAAACAAUUGGCCAAGAGGUAUAGCAGAAAAGAGACUGUUGUUGUGAACUAUUUUCCCAGUCAGAGAAAUGUACUAUAAAAGGGGUUGGUCCUUUUUCUCUCUCCCUUGCCCAAAUGUCAAGAAAACAAGGGUGUCCACAGCCAUGGUAGUAUUACUGCUGAACUCAUGGCUCUUUGUCUCUAGUUAACAAUUGCUACUUGCCCCAGAUAGGUAGACAAAUAGCAGAUUGCAUGGCCAACAUGCCCAAUGUCUAAAUUCAGCAUAAUAUGGAAAACUCCACUAUUUCAAGCACCUCUAUUCAGUCAACUCCCCCCCCAUUUUCAGGGCUUUUAAAAAGUUUCAGGAUACCUCUUAGUGUCUAAAAUGGAUUCUGCACUAGCCCAACAGCUGACAGUGUUUUCCAAAUCAUUUCUUUAGGAUUUGAAAGACUUAAAAAAGAUGUCAAGUUCUUUACUAUAUAAAUUUGGUUCAUAUUAAAGGUUGGGUAAAACUCUAAUUACCUUACCUUGUGGGUAACCUGCCUCUACAACCAGUUUUGUAGGAAAAAGUUGGAAAUAGGUUAUAUGUGGGAAAGGUCACUGGUACUCUGGUUAUUUAGCCAUAUUUGUUAAAACAUCUAGAAAUUGUAUAGUUCAGAUCAUGUAUAACAAGAAGUUUCAGCAAUACUCCUUGUGUAACACCAUGGGGUAGGAUGAAACAAAAGGGGUGUGUGUGUUUUAAUUUAUUUUGUACUGUAUAACACUUUGAUUAAAUGCAGUGUGUGCAUUUUGGGACUCCUAAGUUUAAUUUGUAAAAGCUAUUACAGGAUCAACAAGAAAGGAAAUUUGUGCUUCCUUCUUGAAUGUUAAAUUAUUUCAUUUUGCAUUUUAUAUAAAUACAAAUUAAAACUGAGCCAUCAAACUGCAAUAAAUCAACAGUAGUAUUUCCAUUUAAAACUUUUUGUAUUGUAAAUAGAAUUGUUCAAUAAAAUAUUGUCUGUUAUUAAAGAUGAUUUCUAUGAUGCCUGGGGUUUUACCUAGGAAACACUUGACAACCGUAGUUACAUCAUGGCUAUACAAUUGCUAGCAUGUUGUUGUAUUUUGUAUAGCACCCAUACAAAAUUAUCAUUUAGCAAUAUGUGUUUAAGUAAAGAUGACUAACAUGCCA